AACGAACUUCUUGAAGUCCUUCGUCGACGUGGGACUGCUCUGGCCGGAAUUCCAGCCCCAAGCUAACGGAAAAUCAAAGAGUACAUCCUUUAAACAUCUUUUGUUUUAACAGCUUUACUCUCAUCGCGAUUGCGCAACCGAUCUCGCGACAAUUCAAACUUCAUCGCGUAUAAAUCCGCGAAUUUCUCGUUCCAUCGCUUAUUUACCGACGACGAGCGACAUGUGUAACGGACAGGUCAAGUAACUGUACGCUUGAAGGUGCGAAAUGAAUCGCGCUUCCGAGAAGCACGGCUCCUGCGUGUACGCGCGAAAAGUACACAGCAGCGCGAGUCCACGAGACGGAGACGAGCUCGACAAAGACGCAGUCGCACAGCGACAUUCGCGACAUGUGGCUCUCGUCGAUCCUCGUGUGCAGCUUGAUCUUCUUGACGAGCUCAUCGAAAUGCCCGGAGCCGAAGAAACCGCAUCGCACGAGUUGCACGAUUUUCUACAGCUGCGUGAAUCUACCUGACGGUGGCUACGUGUGGGUGCCAUCCAGAUGUACGGACGGCUUGGUGUUCCAGCCGUACCUGCGAGUGUGCGUGGUGCCGGGCGACAUUUGGACGUGCGACACGCUCUCCACCGACUCGAGCCUCGUGACGAAGAGGCACCAAGCCGAGUCGAUAGAUGAGACAGAGUCCAGUUACCUGGGAUACACGCAGGACCCAGCAGAGUUCUCCGAGACGAUCGACUCGUCCUACGUGAUAGAGGACGACACUUCCAACUUGACGACCGAAACGGAGACUCCAUACCCAUUGAUCGAGUUCGAGGAGCAUAAGACGACCACGACGUCGUAUGACGACAGAGGCGUGAGGAACGUGUCGUAUCACAAGGAGGAAAAAUAUUUAUAUGAAUAUAUCAACAAUCGGAGACGAUCAUCGUCAGCCUCGACAGAGAGGUACAAGGACAUCGUGAACGAGCACUACAAGUUGUUGCACGAGCUGAUGAGUCGAUUGCACGUCUACAAAGAACUGUCAGCCGCGAUAUCACCGGGUUCAACGAGCAACAUCACGACUGUAAAUCCUACCGGAACUAUCGCGGUGCUCGCGACGCACGACCGCAAGCAGAACGUGUCGCUGGAUUAUUUAGUGCAAAGCUUCAUGGUCGCGGGCAAUGAAUCACACAAGCCGAGCAGUGAAACGACAGAGAGCUGCGAGACUCAGACAGAGAACGUUACGAUUGCACCGACAAAAAACAGCUUAGAGCUGUUGGUCGACGGUUUGGACGCGGACAACAAUAUAAUAAGAAUCACAGACGGCUUCGGGAACGAGCGAUACCUCACAGUCGACAGGUACAAGGUUCUGGCUCGGCGAUUAAAUCCGCGGUCGGUCAGCGUGCUGACGUGCACGAAGAACGUUCGCUUGGCGAACCGGACCGACUGCAACAAGUACUACAUGUGCGACCCGAAGACGGCCAUAAUAGUAGAGUAUUCGUGCCCGCUCCACACUGCGUUCAACGUCAACUCGCGGAUCUGCGACACGGAGAGCGCGAAGACCUGCAGGGACAACGAACGUGCCACGGACGGGACGACGAUACUCUUCGAGCAGAAGCUCGACGAGGAGCGUGGAGACUCUGUCGAGUCUUCGCACAGCGAAGACUCGACGCAGAAGAAGAAGGAAGAGAAACUGUGCCGCGAGGUCGGUAAGGUAAAGGAUCCGACUUCGGAUUUCCAUUACUACAUCUGUUACAGCGCGUCAAAUUCCGAGGAGAUCAAAUCGAUCCGGAUGAUGUGCCCAAACGCCUUGAUAUUCUGCCGCAGCAAGCGAGUGUGCACGACGAGACGGUUGUGUAUUGCAUCGCGAUGAGCGCGAGACUGACGACCUCCUCGCGUUUAUACCUUGAGU